GCAAUGAGAGAGUGGAGAUGCGGAGUCAGAAGGGGAAGUCUUCUCUGUACGUCAGGAACAUCCAGCCAAGUGACUCUGGGACUUAUCACUGCGAAGCGAUAAGUCCCAUCGGACAUGACCAGAAGAGCAUGCAUUUAGACAUUCAAUACGCUCCCAAGUUCCUCUCGACGCAGGUGACCUACUACUCGUGGGAGGGCAACGCAGUCAACAUCAGCUGCGACGUGGCGGCCAACCCUCAACCGGCCAUCCACUGGAGGAAGGGAGGGGUGGUCCUCCCAGACCUGGGUACGGCCGCGGUCAUCGUCCAUGAGAAGACCACCACGUUCCUCCUGGAGAUCACUCCGGCUGUGGACGGUGAUUUUGGCAGCUACGACUGCACGGCAAGUAACCAGAUCGGCACCCGCUCUCAGGUGUUCACCCUCGUCCAAGCAGCUGUCCCGUCGAGUCCGUACGGGCUGAGAGUCCUCGCCGCAUCGCAGACGGUGGCGAGAAUCGCCUUCACCAAGCCUGACUCGCACGGCGGCGUGCCCAUCCACCAUUACCGAGUGGAGGUGAAGCCAGCAGACACCGAGGACUGGAGGGCCGUCAACUCCAAUGGGACCCAGACUCAAGUCAUCCUGACCAGCUUGAAGCCCAAUUCGACCUACCACUUCCGUGUGGCGGCUGUCAAUGGCAAAGGCCAAGGGAAACACAGUCAGAUGGAAGCCUUUCACACUCUCCCAGUCCAGGAGCCCGGGCCACCCGCCGUCCAGGGCUACAAGGGCAACGGCAAGACCUUCAAGCUGGUGGUGACCAAGCAAGACGACGGAGGGUCUACCAUCCUGAAAUACACGCUGAAGUACCGGACCAAAGACAAGGACGAGGAGUGGGUGCAGAAGGUGACGGAGGGCGGCCAGGACUACAUCACCCUGGAGCAGCUCCAGUGGAACGUGAGGUACCAGGUACAGAUCUCAGCCGUCAACAAGCUGGGCACCUCCGAGCCCACCCUCUACGAGUUCACCAUGCCACCAGAACCCAACACCAUCGCCAACACGCUGUUCCGGAGCCUGGGGUUGGGGGCGGUGGUGGGCCUCGCCGUUGCCGCCCUGCUGCUGAUCCUGGUCAUCACCGACAUCAGCUGCUUCUUCAGCAAACAGUGCGGCGUGCUGAUGUGCAUCGCCACCAGGCUGUGCGGGAAGAAGAACGGCUCCAGCACCAAAGUCAAGGAGGCGGAAGAAGGCAAAGCGGCCUACUUGAAGGACGGAUCGAAGGAACCGAUAGUGGAGAUGAGGACAGAAGAUGAACCAAUCACAAACCACGAUGGGAGCUCGGCGAACGAACCAAACGAGACCACGCCUCUCACCGAGCCAGAGAAGUUACCAUUGAAGGAAGGCAACGGCAAGGAAUGCUUGAGUCCAGAAGGCCUGGAGGAAGUUGUGCCGAACGACGUCGUCCAACCGAAAGAAGAAGGCACCAAAGCAUAAUCAGAAGAACUCUUAGUCCAAGACGCUAGCAAAACACCGUAUACCUUGCCCAGCCAACGUUUCUGGGAAAGUAAGUCCAUAAUUUGUGAGGUCAAGGUAUCAGAAUGGCUUUGGAAACUUUCCUAAGUUGCAUUUUCAGUAAUACAAAAAAAGAAAAUCACGAAAUGUGUCCGAGUUUUUUCUGGAAGGAUUUUUGGAGAAAAAAAGAUAUUUGUCUUAAAUUUUUUUUCCCCCUUUUGCUGUUAAGAAAAUUUUUAAAAAGUGUGACAUGUAACUGAUAUUGUGGAGUUAAAGUUAAAAAAAAAAAUCGAUC